AUGAAAAGUUUCAUGUUACUCUCAGUUCUGCUGGCAGCAGCAGUUGCUGCAACGCAGAUAAACCUCCAGUACCCUGAGGAGUGGCAGCUGUGGAAGUCCAAGCACGGCAAGAGUUACAAUACCCAACGAGAGGAGUUGGACCGUCAUCUGCUGUGGCUCACUAACAGGGAAUACAUUAAUGGCCACAACAAAAACUCCCACAUCUUUGGGUUCACACUUGCCAUGAACCACUUUGGGGAUAUGACUGACAAAGAGUUCAACGAGAUGUACCUGACAUACAGACAAGACAUUGAUCAUGGAAACUACACAAAGGUCUUUGAUGCUAGUCAGUACUCUGCUGAUAUUCCUGACACUGUGGACUGGAGAACCAGCAAUGCUGUAACUGGAAUCAAGACUCAGGGUAACUGUGGCGCCAGCUAUGCAUUCAGUGCUGUGGGAGCACUAGAAGGAGCUUGGGCUUUGGCAUUUGGCAACCUUGUCACUCUCAGUGAACAGAACAUUAUUGACUGUUCAGUGCCUUAUGGAAACUAUGGAUGCCGAGGUGGCAAUAUGUACAAUGCUUUUCAGUACAUUGUUGCCAAUGAUGGGAUUGAUUCAUCUGAUUCCUAUCCAUACUCAGAGAGUCAAUAUUCUUGCCGCUAUUCACAAGACGAUAACGGAGCUCAGAUGUCAGGGUGUGUUUGCAUAAGCAGUGGAAGUGAGGACGACCUCCAGAUGGCACUGGCCUAUAUUGGACCACUUUCAGUGGCUGUAGACGCCAGCAACAAUGCCUUCAAAUAUUAUUCAGGGGGGGUGUACAGUUCCACCCAGUGCUCCAGUUCAUACUUGACUCAUGCAAUGCUUGUCACUGGCUAUGGAACCUACAAUGGCGUUGAUUACUACCUUGUAAAGAACAGGCAAGUAUUAGUAUCUUGUCUCAUAAUUAUUCUCUAUGCUUUAUCCAUUACUAAUAAUUAUAUAUUGCAAAAAAAUACUAUUAAAGUAUUAGGUAUUCCAAAAGCAUAA